AUGUCAGAACCACGACAUCCCUUCGUUGAGGGAUAUGAGGCGAACCAGCAGUGCCAGAUGGAGCAAGCUCGAGCGUUGGAAACCGCUUCUGAUGGCGAUGACAAUCGACUCAUUGAUCAUGACGACAAUUGGCGAGAGCUGGAGGAUGAGAAAGACCAGGUCUUUGUUGGAGGCGUGAGAAACUACUACUACAAAAGCAAAGGUCGAUGGAUUCCUCAAAGGGGUCUGUUCAAUUUCGCCAAGCUUGACCAGGAGCAACUCGGUUCUUUCGACUUCAGAUCGAUGCAUCAUCCUCUGACACCCCCUCAAGUACCUCUUCUACCAUCCGUAAUUGGGGAUCCCACAGCAGGAAAAGAAGGUGCCUAUCCCUUCGCGCCUUUGCCGUCGGAAAAGUAUGCUCGCUUCCUGGAGAUACUCCCCGCUGACUCGGGAGAGCUGAGAUGCCGGCUUCACACGGCCAAAAUCUCGGAUUGUCGUCUCGGCUACGAAUACCUGUCCUACAGCACGGACAAGAGUAUCCAUGCACCGGCUGAGCCGAAUCAGGGUCGUAUGGUCAUAAAUGGAAGCUCAGGGCAGUCCAGGGAGGUACUCAUCCGACUGUUGGAAACGCUCCGCCUGCCGGAACGCUCACGGCUCAUUUGGGCGCCUCAUCUCUGCAUUGACGUUGCCGAUGUCAAUGAUCGCAACCGUCACACCAAGCUGGCGGCCACAAUCAUACAAAACGCGAGCAGGACUAUUGUAUGGCUAGGCUCGGCUGGGCUUGGCAACUAUAACACAGGGUUCGCCAGCAUAUGUGCUGUUGUAAACUCGUGGCGGGCGAGAACUGGGCUUGAAGAACAUCUCGCUGAGGCAAGUUAUUCAACCAAGCCCGAUCCUGGUUUUCAGAGCCCCAAGCAGCGCUGCGUCGGGUCCCUGAGUGAGGCCUGGCUGCCAGCCAUUGAAGUGUUCCGAAGCAGCUGGUUCACCAGUACCUGGUCUUUGCAAGAAGUUUCCGUUGCUCGCUCUGUCACCGUGAUGCAGAGUGACAAGGAAAUAUCGUGGGAUUGGAUUGGUCUGAGUUCGUCCAUUCUCCGCGAGAAUCUUGGCCGUCUCUACGGAGUGUGGCACAGGGACUGGCCGGAAGGCAAAAGACCCAUCGUCGAAGAAGGCGUGUUGAGCGCAUACUUCAUGUAUCGCCUAUCGCAGUCCCAGUCAUGUUUUGAGCCCGUUGAGCUGCUCUUUCACCAGCUCCUUUCUCUCACACGGCAAUUCAAGUGCAGGAUUGGGCACGACAGGAUCUAUGCCUUAUUGGGUGUACCGACAGCUGACGCGGACGGCGUCGCAAACAGAUUGAAGGUCGAUUACGGCGUGAAGGAGCCCCAGCUCAACCAUUCCGUGGCUUGCCACUUGGCUGAGAUGGAUGGACCGGCCUCGUUCCUGGGCCAAGUUCACCACGACCACGACGGUCGACAUAAGAUGCGCGUCAGCAAUAACAGCCUUUCUCUCGUUGUGGAUGGAUCAUCGUGGGUCCCGUGGUGGCAGACAGCGCUAUCGGAUCCCAUUGAGCCUCUGGUUCCGCAUGCUGACUUUUCGGCCGGUACGGCUUUGCGCCCGAGAAUCUUGAAGCAGCCAGAUCCGACGAAGCUUGUGGUGAGAGGGGUCUGGGUUGAUGAGGUCGAAAGCGCUCGUUCGCUAGACCGAUAUAACACGUUUUGGCGUGGGCGCGACACCAGCACCUAUUCGAAGCACGUCAACUUUGACCUGAGCUCCGGGCCGGGCAGCCCAACCCUCAAAGCACCGCCGCGGUUAGAGAGAGCCAUGCUGGGAGAUGAGCUGCGCGCAUGUGGAUUGACAACCAUUGACCUCAGUCAGCUGGCUGUCACGCUGAGCUGUGGCAAAGUCUGGGAAGGCACACCCGUGUCUGACAUUGAGGGCCAUGUAGCUGAUUAUGCACGAUGUAUCCUUCGCAAUGGGCUGUGGUGGUCGUUGGACUGGCUGCGAAAGAUCAAGCGACAGCAGGGUGCGGAUCCAGGCCAGGAGCAGGCGAUGAGUGUGUCUGACCUCGAGGCCCUGUCCACUGGAGGUAGCAGCGAUCGAUUCUUGGACUGCGCUGCCACAGCCGGCCGAAACCGGGCCACAUUCGUGUCCAAACAUGGUAUCUGGGGCCUUGGGCCCGAUGCGAUGAAGCAAGGAGAUAAGUUCUGUGUGGUGAGCGGCUUAGCAGCGCCCUUGGUACUACGGUCAAACAACCACAAGGACAACAGCUUCCAGGUCGUGGGGUCGGCCUACGCUUUUGACGUGAUGCAUGGCGAGGUCGCAGAGGUGGCACAGUCCAAAGAUGGGUGGCUGACGGAGUCAUGGAUUCAGCUAAUCUAA